AUGUCUUCAACAUCUCCCAUCUCUUCUGCUUCUCGCGAUUUUCUCACAAUUUUGCAUCCAUCCCUCAAUGAUUCAACACACGCCUGCAAUACUGCGAACCCCACCACCGCCGACAGUACCCGACCGAGUGCCCUGCCCCUCCCCUGCUGCCCCAUCUGUCUGCCCCUGCUGGGUACCUCCGAGGUACUUAGAGCCCGCUCCGAGCUACCUCUGGACAACACUAGCUGCUGGGGUGCGAUAUCGCUGGGGACGAACAGCCCACCAAUCCGGCAGAGAAAAGGCCUCGCUUCCCAGCGCCCGCGGCCCGUGAUGGCUUUCGCACCGUCAUCCAUUCUCCCCUCUUCGACCUGGCCCUCGACCUCGUCCUCGUCUCUGGCAUCAACCUCGACCUCUUCAUCUCCCACUGGCAAUCCAGGCAGCCACCCUCGAGCCUACUCAUUCGCACAUUUCUAUCAGCAGCCGCAUCACGACGAUGCGCGACGCCUUUUGAAUUCAACGACAACUCCGAGAUCCCAGCACGGCUCAAGCUCGGCUUCCUCGAGUCCUGCAUCCACAUACUCAUCGCCUUCCACCACAGCCUCUUCCUCGUCCACACCAGGAGCCGCCUCCUCAUCGUCGGCAUUCCACCUCUCUCUACCGCCGCCAACCCAUCUGCUGCCACCCAUUCGACCGGGUGCAGGUUACUUUCCCUACCUGCCGCCCACCCCGCCACCCCCAGCUUCUCAUCAUCCCGACCUCACCAAGAUGUCCAUGUCAUCCGUCAUCAGCCCCCAGUCGGAGUUGCCCAAGAUGGCAGGCUCCAUGACCUCGAAGGAAUGGGUCAUUCCCCCUCGCCCCAAGCCCGGCCGCAAGCCUGCCACGGACACCCCGCCCACAAAGCGCAAGGCGCAGAACCGAGCUGCACAGAGAGCCUUCCGCGAGCGCCGAGCCGCCCGCGUCGGCGAGCUCGAGGAGCAACUGGACGAGCUCAAGGAGGCCCACGACAAGAAGGAGGCCGAAUCCAAGGAGCGUAUUCAUGAGCUGGAGAUGGAGGUGCAGUCCUACAAGUCUCGCUGCGAUGUGCUCGAGACCAUGCUCGAGCGUGAGAGGCAGGACCGGGUCAAGGCCGAGACGGCGCUUGAUGGCCAAAAGAGGAGGUGGGAGCGUCAGGCUGCUCUGGGGCAGUUCCAGCUGCCCACUCAGCGCGGUUCGCACAGCAGUGAAAAUCAGCUGUCCCCCAUCCACCAGACAUCCAUGGCAUCGCAGAUGCCCACGCCAGAGGACCCCUCCCCUAUGGACACCACAGGAGUCGAUCUGACGUGCGGUUCCUGCGGCCCCGAAGGUCGCUGCGCCUGUGCUGAAGAUAUUCUGAGGACAGUCGAGUCAGCCGACUCUCUGGACGAUGCCAUGAAUGCAGGCUCCUCAGAUCUCAAGCGAGCACCGCCUUCGCCGACCUUUGCCCCCGCCGACAAGCGUCAGCGUUCCAACUCCAACGCCGGUGACAUGGCCACCGAAAUCGACUUUACGUCCUUCUUCAAGAAGCAGCCUCAGAUGCAGCAGCAGCAGCAGCAGCAGCAACUGUCCUCAAACCUCGUCAAGGAUCCCUGUGGCUUCUGCAAAGAUGGCGAUUACUGCAUCUGCGCUGACACAGCCCUCAACGCCGCCCCUACUUCCUACACGGCCCCCGCCCCCUUUUUCCAGCAGACUCAGACACCGCCACCCUCGGACAACGAUGUCGGGCCCCCCAUCCCAAUGGAGAUCAACUCAGACGGCGCCGUCAAGCUCCGCCCUCGCCCCCGCCCUGCUGCCGCUCCCAUUGCCGCGCUCGCUCCCACCCGCGGCUGCGGCCCCAGCGGCCCCCGGCACCUGCGACCACUCCCCAAGCCCUCCGCCCUCAAGGCAGGCCUCGGCCUCAGCCUCAGCUGCGCCGAGGCGUACCAGACCCUCUCGAGCCAUCGCAACUUCGACAAGGCCACCGACGACAUUAGCUCGUGGCUGCCCAAGCUGCGUGCCGCGCCGCGCAUCGGCGAGACGCUGCCCGAACCGACGGCCUCGCGGCUGCCGAUCGAGGUCGAGGCCGCGAGCAUCAUGAGUGUGCUCAAGGACUUUGACAUUCGCUUCGGCAGGGGCUUGUAA